GGCCAGUGGAGGGAUUGGCAGAGGGGGGUGGAGGACACUGAAUGGAGGCCAGUGGAGGGAUUGGCAGAGAGGGUGGAGGCCAGUGGAGGGAUUUGCAGAGGGGGGUGGAGGACACUGAAUGGAGGCCAGUGGAGGGAUUGGCAGAGAGGGGUGGAGGACACUGAGUGGAGGCCAGUGGAGGGAUUGGCAGAGGGGGGUGGAGGACACUGAGUGGAGGCCAGUGGAGGGAUUGGCAGAGGGGGGUGGCAGAGAUGGAGCGGUUGGAAAGGUGAAUGAGUCUGGCAGCCGUAUUCAGGAUGGACUGAAGCGGGGAUAGCCAGUGGCGAGGCAGGCCAGUGAGGAGGGAGUUGCAGUAGUCGAGUCGUGAUAUGAUGAGGGAGUGGAUGAGCUGCUUAGUGGUUUCUGGGGUUAGGAACGUGCGGAUUUUGGCUAUGUUGCGGAGGUGUCAGUC